GAUCUAAUAUAUUGAAGCUCUCCGCCUUAUAUAUAAAGUUGUAGAACGACCUGAACAUACAUCACAAUAACGCUCAUCUCAUAAAUAUUAAGUACAAUGUCCGGGUUUAAAAUUAUUUUUCUUGCAGUUUUAAUAUCAUGCGCGUCAGCAAUAGAUUUACCGGAAUUUCUUCGGGUUUGUAAUAGAAAUGAUCCAAAUAUGAACGCCUGUAUCAAAGACAGUGCUGAACAUCUGAAACCAUAUUUAAUUACCGGUGUACCUGAGUAUAAUAUACCAUCACUUGAGCCUUUAUUACUAAACGAUCUUGUGGCUGCCGAAGGACAUGGUAUCAGAAUUACAGGAAAAGAUGUAAAAGCUUACGGUGCUGGUAACUACUUUGUCAAAGAAAUUAAUGUGGACAUGGCGGCGUUAGAAUUCAAUGUAGACAUUUUGCUACCUCAUUUGUACGUCGAAGGCAUAUACGAAAUUGAUGGAAAAGUUUUAUUAUUACCAAUAACCGGUUCUGGUCGAAUGAUCGGUAACUUUACAGAUUGUAUUGGAUCGGUUAAAUUUUUAGCAUCAGCAAAGCCAGAUGCACAGGGAGUGAAACAGUUUAAUAUCGAUGAGUUUAAUUUAAAAGUAACAGUCGGUAAUGGUAAUUUACAACUUGACAAUCUUUUUGGUGGUGACAAAACUAUCGGAGAUGUCGUUAAUCAAGCGAUAAAUGCAAACUUUGCUAUUUUCUUGCGUGAAAUUCUUCCUCUGGUUGAAAAAUCAUUAGCUUUAGCUUUUAGAGAUAUUGGUAAUGGUAUUGUUAAUUCAUUCACCUUCGAUCAACUUUUCCCAAUGUAAUUAAUUUUUAAAGCUUGUAAAAAUAAAUAAUUUUUUUUUUCCUUGUAAAUAUUUUAUGAAUCGAAAUAAUUUCUGAUGGGUACAAAAUUAAUUUUAUACUUCAGUUACAAUUUUGAUAUACUCAAUUAUAUACUUCCUCAAUAUAUUAAUAUUAUUGUGUCUUUUAAAUAAUUUUAAUUAUAAAAAGAACAGCUAAACUCUGUAAUUCCGACUGAUUAUGCUGGAUAAAAUCGGCAAUUUGUAAUUUAGAAAAUUUAUUAUUAUUUUUUUUUAAGAUCAAGGUGAGAAAUAGCAGUAAGUUAUUGAAUAAUAUCUAAACGAUCACUGAGAUCUGCGAUUUACGCAAAAAAAAAAAAAAGUCGAUAAAUAACUUUGUCAGUAGAUGUAAAAAAUUUAAUUGUAUUUAUUAAUUAUUUUUCUUUCAAUAAAAUAAAAUGUUUCAAUGUU